AAAUGUUGAAUUGCCUUACCAUCAUUGAAUAUCCCCUCGGAUUCCCCCUCACACCACCACACCACACCACACCACCCGCUGCAGAGCAGAGUCGACCUCGUCCACAAGCUCAGCGAACCUUCCCUUUCCCAGGCACAGAUCCGGCUCUCCGCCGCCGCCAUGGCCGCCCGCCGCCUCCUCCUGCUCCUCGCCGUUGUCGCCGCGUCCCUCCUCGCCGCCGACGCGCGGCCGUGCCACACCUUCCUCGUCGCCUUUCCGGCCGAUCCCAACCCCAACCCCAACCCCAGCAGAGGCGACGGCGCCGUCCACCACCACCUCGGCAUCCCCCACGUCGCCACGGUCAUCACCGUCUUCCGCGUCCGCCGCCUCGGUCCGCAGGUCCCCCACGGCCACCGGAACCACCACCUCCACUCCAUCCCCGCCAACGUCCAGAUCCACCGCCCCGAUCUCCCGCACCCCGCCGCGGGCGCGGGCGCGGCCGCCGGGCCCCAGGAGCGCGCCAGGGGCAUCCUCGUGGUCGUCGUCGGGCUCCUCUUCGGCAUCGCCUGCGGCGCGCUCACCGCUGCCUCCGCGUACCUCGUCUGGUCCAUGGUCGCCGGCGCCGCCGCGGCCUCCCCGUACGACGAGCUCUAUGACGACGAGGACGAGGCGUCUGACACCGAGAGCCCCAAGAAGGUCGGCGACGUCAUCAUCCAGGAGCUCGAGGUCCAUGACGGCGGUAAGAACUAGUAGGGCUACGUGUUGAGUGAAUCCUAGUGUCUGUAUGACUGUGAUGCGUGGUUGUGACUUGGGAGCCUUAGGGGUUUGCCCUCCAUGUGAAUACGCCCGUGAGUGAAGCAUGCCUAAGCUAUCAAAUGUGGUCGUUUUCUGAUGAACUUAUCAAUGUUAUGCACCGUUGUGAAAUGUUCAAAUGUUCUUGUCAAACACUGAUGUUUGAUCUGCUGUCUAAUGUAUGUGGCCUGGCUUCGAGAUCAGACAGAGUUCUCCUUGCUUAUAUUUGGCAGUUUUGUGUCCCAAUUAUUAUAAGUGUUAUAUAA